GAUCGAAGAUCGUUCUUAUCGCGUGAUUCAAUACUUCGAAUCAGAAACUUUGAAUCUUCUUCUUUUUUCUUUUUUUUUUUUUUUUUCUUCUUGUAUGUCUUGAGGGAGCUUGUCCUUAUUGGUAUGCAUGUCCAUUCGUUGUAAGUCUGUUGCAUUUCUCGAUUACUUGCGAUCAUUCAAUAACAGCUCGGUAUGCUACUACGUCUAUACUGUUGUUCUAUCUGGAAAGAAAAAAUUGCUUAUCGUUUAAUUACAAAUGAAUUUCAAGCGCUAGGUGAGAUAUACGAAACCAACGACACAACUUCGGUCGAGAAUUUAAUAGAAUUAACGUACAUGUACUAGAGAAUAACGUCGUAAUAGCGUAAGUCGAUGACGAGCUCGAUUUAUUUGGUAAGUAGGUGAAAAGACAAAGACCGACAAUUUAACAUUUCCGUAAAUCAGAUAUACAUCGAUAGUACGUUCGAAAGCUAUCGAUGAUAUAGCAUCGGUGGUAGCAAGUUCUUUGUUUGUCUCUUUCUUCUUUGUACAAGUUUAUCUUCGUAGUCGCUGGGCGACUUCGUGAUGCACGGAAGAAGCUGGUAUCAAGACGGGGAGGAUAUAGUGAUCUUGGCGGAGGGUGAGGAGGUCCUUCGAAUUUCUCUAGACAAGAAGGGUGAAACUAACUGGAGCUGGCUCAAGGACGUCUUCGACAUUCAGCGCAGGCCAAGUUUGCAGGAGCUAAUCGCCGACUGGCCGAUACUAGCGACAGUGAUCAAAGAGAAGAGUAGUGGAUCUCGUAGACCCUCUCUCGCCGAAUUAAUUCCCGACUGGCCGACCCUGCACCAUUUCACCAAGACGGAGGUUGGAUCGUAUUCCUCGACAACUUGAAACUCGAAACACAGUUUCACGAUCUACCAGCGUGAUAUCGAUGUCUUUCACUUUUAUUCCUCCCUAUCUCUAUAUAUUUCGCUCUUUCUCGCUCUUUCUUAUGAGAAUGCGAUUCACUAUUUUCCUCUUUAUUUAUCGUUUCUUCAACGACUAGACCACUCGUCUUUCUCUCUUUGUCUUUUAUGAUAUCUCUCUCAUUCUCUUCUCCUACGUCUGUUUCUUCUAUUCUCACCUUCUUCCUCAAAUCUAUCAAAUUUAUACACGGUCUGUUUCGACAACUUUUAUUCUUCUUUAUCAUAUAUAUGUAUUAUAUAUACGUUCAUCCAUCGUCACUUCUCACUAUCUUCGACAACAAUCUUCUAUCGAACCUUUUUACGGCCGACGUUUUAUUUUUGUGCUGUUCCGUUAUUUUUUUCUAGAAUUUUCCAGCUACAGCGGCUUUCCAACGCUUCGUCCUCGUCGACGAGACAUUUUUCUCUAUUUUUUGGGGCAAUUUUGUACAUAUUUUUACCUCGCCUAGCGAGACAUCCGUUGGUUUGUGGCGCCUUCUUUUUUUUAAACGUUUUGACUCUUCAUCUUCCUUGUAUGCCCAGCAACGUUGUCGUUCUUGGCGGUGUUCUUAGAUCUGAUGGAAAUUUCUUAACGAAGAAUCCUUCGCUAACAGAGUUUUCGU